AUGUCGAUUGCGAAAUUCGUUUUAGGUAACAGAAAAAUUCUAAAAGCUUUUUCUGUAAUUCGAACGCAACUACGUAAUAUUGCCCACGAACAUUUUACAUCAGGAGUAUCAAAAUUAAAAAGUCCUCUAGACGCAUAUUAUAGCCAUUUUAUUAAUUUGCCUUUACCAAGAGACAAAGUGUUCGCAACAUAUAUCUGGAUCGAUGGAACUGGUAUAAAUUUGCGUUCAAAAGAUCGUAUUAUUGAUAAAGUACCAUGUGACCUGCAAAUGGUGCCAAAAUGGUCUUAUGAUGGAAGUUCAACUGGACAAGCUAAAAUAAAAGACUCGGACACUAUUUUAGUGCCUUGUGGUAUAUAUAGAGACCCUUUUCGUUCGAGCCCACAUAUUUUAGUUCUUUGUGAGACAUUUCACGGCGAUGGGACGCCAACAGCGACAAAUCACAGGGUACAUUGUGCAAAAUUACUUAGUGAAAUGUCAGAGCAGGAACCUUUAUUUGGUAUAGAACAAGAAUAUACAAUUUUUGAUUCAGAUCUAUGGCCUUUGGGAUGGCCAAAAUGUCGUGGUUUUCCUGUUGUUAAAACAAAAUUAUCAUAUUGUGGAAAUGGAGAACAUGUUGCCGGUAGAGAAAUUGUAGAAUGUCAUGCCAGGGCAUGUGUUUAUUCUGGCAUGGAUUAUAAAGGUAAUAACGCAGAGGUAAUGAAAGGAUCUUGGGAAUUCCAAGUAGGAACAACUCUUGGCAUUAAGGCUGCAGAUGAUUUAUGGAUUGGGCGAUAUUUAUUAGUGAGAAUAGCAGAAAUUUUUGGUAACAUUAUUAGUUACCACCCCAAGCCGAUGGGUAAAGAUCAACCGGGUAUAGGUUGUCAUCAUAACUUUAGUACUAAGAAAAUGAGAGAAAAUGGUGGAAUUACCGAAAUUGAAAGAAUAUGUAAAGUUUUAUGUGAUAAACAUGAUACAUAUGUAAAAAAUUAUGGCCUUGGAGAUGGAGAUGAAAAUCGAAAAAGGUUAACUGGAAAACAUGAAACCGCUCCAUUUGAUACUUGUAAAUGGGCUGUUGCAGACAGAGGAGCCUCUAUCAGAAUACAAAAGAGCGUUAAAUCCAAAGGAAAAGGAUUUCUGGAAGACAGAAGGCCGGCUGGUGAUUGCGACCCUUACAGAGUUUGUAAACUUCUAGCGCAAAGUUGCCUUUAA